AUGGGCUCACGCCGAUGGUGCCGCGCGUGCGCGGCGGCGGCUCCGACGCUGGCGUGCUGCGGUCUCCUCGCGUGCCGCGCGCUGGCGCCGCUCCUGUCGGGGCAGCUGGGGUCGGGGCAGCCGCUCAGCACGCUGGCGUGCUGGCGCGUGGCGGAGAAGCAGGUGGAGGCGGGGCGUGCGGUGCCCUCGCACGGCAAGUUCAUCGUUGCGGACGGUGAGCAGAGGCUGCAGACGGCGUGGAUCGCCUUCCUGGGCGUGAUAGGCGCCUUCUACCUGAAUCCGCCCAUUCGCCCGGAACGCAGCUGGGGCCUCGCGGCCUUCACCCAGGGCGCGCGCGAUCCAGAGGGCAGGUUCUGCCGACAGCUGUUGGACUACCGGUGGCUGCACCCCUCUCAGGGUGGCGACUACUUUCCGCAGGUGCGCGCCGACCAUGGCGACGUGGCCGCGUGGGUAGAGAGCUGCCGGAGGGAGUACCCCCGCCUGGGCGCCGUGCUGGCGCGGCAGCCGUACGACUACUGGGCCAUCGCGGUCGCUGCGCGCAGGGAGGCGCUGCCCGCGUACGCCGCAGCCAGAGUCCCGCGCGAGGAGCUGCUGGCGCACCUGAACGCCAGCGUUAGGUCUUCCCCGAUGCCGAGCCUUCGGGCCGGGGCCGCGCCGAAGAUGCUGGAGUAUUUCGAGGCCCUGGACCUGCGGCUCACUCCGCGCGUUGCCUCCGCCUGGGGGGCGGUGCGCGCGGCGGUGCUCGCCGGCGAGAUAGCGCUCUUCGACGCCAGGCCCCUCUUCCCCGCGGACCUGUUCAACAGCUCGCUGCGGCAGCUCGCCGAGCGGGAGGGCGCCGCCGCGAGCCGCGCGGUGGUCCUGUCGAACGGCUGCAGGCCCACCAGCCUCGCCGCCUUCGCGGCGCGCAACGAGGAGUUCGUCCGGCGCGGCGCGCGCACGGCGAUCAGCGCAGCACGGGGCGCCGCGGUGUUCGGCGGCGGCUCGGUCAAGGCGCUCAUGAGCGACUACGCCAAGGACGACGCGCAGUAUCUGCAGGCCUGCGCGGCACCCAAGCGAGCGCCUGAGCAACCUGCAGGCGAGGCUCCCGGACCUGGUCCGGAGCCUCGGCCUGGAGCAUGA